CGGGCGGUGCAGCUCCCCCAGGGUCGCCUCAGCCGCUCCCGCCGCGCCCGGGCCGCGCUCGCUCCUUCCCUCCCUCCUUCCUUCCUUCCCUCCUCUCCUUCCUGCCGUCUGCCCCAGCGCCGCCGACAUGUCCCGCUACCUGCGGCCCCCCAACACCUCGCUCUUCGUGCGAAACGUGGCCGACGACACCCGGUCCGAAGACUUGCGCCGGGAGUUUGGUCGUUAUGGGCCUAUAGUUGAUGUUUACGUUCCACUUGACUUCUACACCCGACGUCCCAGAGGAUUUGCCUAUGUUCAAUUUGAAGAUGUCCGUGAUGCAGAAGAUGCUCUCCAUAAUUUGGAUCGAAAGUGGAUUUGUGGUCGGCAAAUAGAAAUCCAGUUUGCACAGGGGGACCGCAAGACACCAAACCAAAUGAAAGCCAAGGAAGGGAGGAAUCUGUACAGUUCUUCUCGUUACGAUGACUAUGACAGAUACAGGCGGUCUCGGAGUCGCAGCUACGAGCGCAGACGGUCUCGGAGUCGCUCCUUUGAUUACAGCUAUAGAAGAUCCUAUAGUCCCAGAAACAGUAGACCUACUGGAAGACCUCGUCGUAGCAGAAGCCAUUCGGACAAUGAUAGGUUCAAACACCGCAAUCGAUCUUUUUCAAGAUCUAAGUCCAAUUCAAGAUCACGAUCCAAGUCACAGCCCAAGAAAGAAAUGAAGGCUAAAUCACGGUCUAGAGGUAGGACUAAACUUUGACUUGACUUGUGUAUAUGAACAAGCCAGAAAAGCCGAACACAAACCCACGAUGUUUCAAGAGUGCAUGAAUAAAGAUGUUGUCCUAGUUCUUGCUCCCAUGGAAAAAUUGUGAAGAAGCUGUUCUGUGGGCCUUUCAGUUGGGGAAGAGUUAGCAGGAUGUGGCCAAAAGGGCAGGGAAUGUUUAUGCAUUCAUGCAAAUCAAGCCACAGCCCAUCUAGAUAACAUCUCCCUUCCUUGAUGCAGGUAUCCCAGUCCUGCCCUAAAAAAAGCAGGAGCCUGACUUGUGCAAGCUUCCUGCAGGUUAUGCACAGCUGGAAUGCAAGAACUUUGCAGGCUACAAAAGAUCAUGUCUAGAUAUCUUUCUUUUGGAGUCUCAAGAAUGGUGGGAAUUACGUUUUUCUGUGGUAAAUCUAGAUUUUGUCAUUCCUGCAAAAUUUGUAGAAUUGAAGUAGUGUGUAAAAAAAAAAACAAACAAAAAAAAAACCCUCUGCUGAAAUUAAUGGCUGUGCUCCAAAAUAUCUGCAGCGAAUCGAUUGGUGUCAGCAGUCAUAGAAGGCUCUAUUGGAACUUCUUUUUCACCUAAAGUCCAUGCACCCAACUGGUAAUUAAAAAUCUUCAAUUUAGUGGUUAAGUAGCUGGGUGUUUAAUUAGGGACUCUGAUAGACUGGUCUCUGAAAGCUCAAUGUUAUCCUUUCUAUGUCUUAUCAAGAUGUUUAAUGUACAGUAUCAUGGUUUUACUCAAAGUGGAAUCUUUUGGUUUCAAUAAUGUUUGGAGCUCUCUGCUUGGACAGAGCUUUUUUUCUUGCCUGCUGAGUCUGGUGACAGCUCGGGGUGCUCAGAGAAGGGCAGUGCAGCCACGCACAGCGCUGCUGCUCGGGCCUUGCCAGGGACGGGGCAGAUGAACAUUCUGAAGUACAAAGGGAUAAAAUUGACACAUUUUUAGGACAUAAUCACCCAUUAAGAAUUGCUGGUUUUCUCCAUUUAUCUUGUAACUUGCUUAAAAAAGUCUGUAGUCCAUUGCUAUAAUACUUGUCUAAAGAUGCUCUUGCUGCUGAGACUAUUGUAGGAAGGGAAGACUCUGUACCCUGUAGUGUGUUUGAUCGGAGAUGCUGAUGUUUUAUUCACCCACAUCCUUUCUUCUUGAGUUUUGUGUUCCAUCUGUGCAAAUAACCCUGUGAAUUGGGAAUAAAAUGUACAAGUUUUGACUAUAA